AUGCUGGAAGAGAAGACGAAUGGGUUUUUGAUUGAUGAAGCCGGGAAUAUAUUCAAGGCUUUGCUUGUAGCCAUGUGGGUUGUCUCUAUCAUCGUUGGGCUUGUGUUUUCAGGAAUGGAGGCGACGGAAGUUGGCACUAUUAAAACAUCCAUUGAAGCAGACAUUAAAGACAACAAAGCCUCAAUUUCAGGAGUUUCAGUUGGGUAUGGGGAUAUGCAAAACACUCACAUGUUUAACCAAGACGACACAAAAAAAAUUGAAAAAAUCUUCCAAAAAUUGGAGAAAGACUCCACACACGCCAACAAGACGGAAAGUGAAUUCAUCUCGGAUGAACCAAGUGAUUCAACAGAACAAAGCUCUGAUAUACCAUCAAACGUUUUUGCGUUCACAGACCCCGAGUUCAAUAUUACACAUUGGAACCAAUUUCAGGCGACGUCAUGUAAGGCGUUUGUGAAAGUUAACAUGACGCGAAACACUCUCGAGCAAGUAACCAUCAAUGGAAUAGGUAAAAUCCUCUUUUUGGAUACGAUGGAAGUGGUCUCAGAGAACCUCAGCUUCACUACAAAAUGCUCUUUCAUGGCGGGGGAGUGUUACAAUUUUGAUAUCAUCUUUUUGCGAAAUGUUGGGAAUAGUUCGUAUGCGUUCAUCUUUAUCUUUGAUGCACAGGGGUAUUCGAAAAUAGUGAUGGAGUCUAUGAGAGGUAAAGAGCGAUACACAGCCUUUAAACUGACGUACAAAGUUAUGUUUGAAGUGUUCUCUAUAGUGUACUGUAUUGGAUAUUUCAUUUGUUAUUUCAUUCAAACAAAGCGGAAGAGUAUCGGCGAUUGUUUGCCCAUGAACAUCAGUAUUUUAGUCUUUUUAGGGUUACUGAUCUUUUUCAACAAUCCAUUUGAAGUGUUACGCUAUUGGUUUAACGCAGAUUGGAUCUCUGGGGCAGAUCUCUGGUUUUCGAUGUUUUCAAAUGCGUUUUUAGUUGUGUUUAUUGCACUUCAUAUUGAACUGACGUUAUAUAAGGCGUUGGACGUGAAACCAAACAUUUUUAUGUGGACUGUUAGGAGUGUCAUGGUAGUAAUGUUUGUUAUAUCUUUUAUUGUCUAUUUCUUCAUGUACUUCCUUGCAUCAAACAAAUCCCCAUUUGCUACUAUCACAGAGGAAAUGACUAUUGGUAUAACGUUCGACGCACUUUCUAAGUUCAUCCAGUUCAUUCUCUUCGGGUGGAAUUUGAUGCACAUCCUUUUCGCCUACCCAGAAGUCCGUUCCCCACUCUACAAAACUCGAUUCUUCUGGUUUACUCUCUUCACUUCUAUUUUGCUCAUCAUGCACCUCCUCUUCCUCAUUUUCUUCCUCGACACUAAUCAAUACUCCUCUCUCUCACACAUGAACAUCUGCCUCAUUUCAAACCUUUACGCGUUCACCAUAUCACUGUUGUACUUCCCCAAGAGGCGGACAAACGCUGAUGAAUAUGGAAAUUACAUCUACUUCUCCAAUUGA